AGGAAGGAAACAAAAGACAGUCAGUCACCUCGUAAACAAACAUGGCCGGCAGAAGCCGUUUUGCAGAGGUCUGCUGUCCCCAGCACCCUGAGUCUCAUCUCAUCGAGGACUACCGUGCUGGAGACCAAAUCUGCUCAGAGUGUGGCCUUGUGGUGGGAGACAGGGUGAUAGAUGUUGGGUCCGAGUGGAGGACCUUCAGCAAUGAGAAGGCGAACAAUGACCCGUCCCGUGUUGGUGGGCCGGAGAACCCACUGCUCAACGGCUCCGACCUCUCCACCAUCAUCGGGCCGGGCUCAGGCGGGGACAGCUUUGGAAAUUCCAAAUACCAAAAUCGUAGAUCAAUGAGCAGUUCAGACCGUGCCCUGAUCAAUGCCUUCCGGGAAAUCAGCAACAUGGCCGACAAGAUCAACCUUCCCAAGACCAUCAUAGACCGUGCCAACGUGCUGUUCAAACAGGUUCAUGAUGGCAAGAACCUGAAGGGCCGCAGCAAUGACGCGAUUGCCUCUGCCUCCCUCUACAUUGCCUGCCGACAAGAGGGUGUCCCCAGAACAUUCAAGGAGAUCUGUGCUGUGAGCAAGAUCAGCAAGAAGGAGAUUGGCCGCUGCUUCAAGCUAAUCCUCAAGGCACUGGAGACGCAGGUGGACCUUAUCACCACCGGUGACUUCAUGUCCCGCUUCUGCUCAAACCUCGGCCUGCCCACCUUUGCCCAGAAGGCUGCCACCCACAUCGCACGCAAGGCUGUUGAUCUGGACAUCGUGCCGGGCAGGUCGCCCAUCUCUGUGGCUGCUGCUGCUAUCUACAUGGCUUCACAGGCAUCUGAUGACAAGAGGACCCAGAAGGACAUUGGAGACAUAGCGGGUGUGGCCGACGUGACCAUCAGGCAGUCCUACAAGCUCAUGUACCCUCAUGCCAAAGAACUGUUCCCGGAGGACUUCAAGUUCUCCACUCCCAUCGAGCUGCUUCCACCCUUAUAGGAGCCCUCACAUUGCAUACAGGAGAUGGUUACCCACUGUAGCCUACACCUCUGCCAGAGAGGAACUAAGUGCACCUUAGACACUCUAAAGGAAGCCUUGAUUUUUCAUGUUCAUAUGACCAAUAUUUUUAAAGCAGUAAUAUUGUGUGUGUGCAGUUUUAUUGGUUUUAAGUGGUGCAUUUUUGUUUAGAUUUUGUAUUCUUUAGCUACUUGCGGCAGUGAGAGUAUCUUGUGUACUUGUUUUAAAGACAAUAAUUAGACCACAUACAUCUUUUGAGCGUGACACCUUGCACGGAGGCCUCCCUUGAGGCGCUCUUCAGCGGGGCUGCUUCACCGUGACACAAAGUGCUUUGAUGUUUGUGGUCCAGAAGGUAGUUGAAGGAGGUGUGCCUGUAACUAUAUUUUUUUAUACAUUUCGUUCUAAGUAUAUAUCCAUGUUCCUCCAUCUCUUCCAUCCACUUGUGGUGGUUAUUUGUACGUGAAAUAUAGGUAAGGUGACAUUAACUGCUAAGAUUGUUUUGUAAACUAUUUGUAAAGGUGAUGCUGCAGAUGCAUGAGGAUAUACAUUAUUUAUGAAACUCAUAGAUGCUUUGCUCUGCUAUGAAUAUUUGUAGCACUCAUGAUAGGAAUCCUAUGAAUAUUUGUAGCACUCAUGGUAGGAAUCCUAUGAAUAUUUGUAGCAUUCACCGUAGGAAAACUCAUUUUAUCAGUUUGAUUCUUAUUUAUACGGAUGAGAUAUGUAUUGCUGAUAUUUUAUUUUAGAUUGUACUGAUUCAUGCUAAAUGUCUUUCCAAUGAGGGAGUGAUAGAUUGUUUGUAUUGAAGGCAACAUGAAUAGUAUCACAAUUAUAUUAGUUCAGUCAUUAGUUAAUAUUGCUAUGAAUUGGCUUUUGACUGCUUGUUUGAUAAUGCAAAGAAACAGCUCACCUUGAUGGAGCUAACAAGUCCUUUAUUUGCAUUCUGGUUGAUAGCAGGUUCCUCAUGGUUUACCUUUAUGCUUUUCUAUCCAUUUCUCAAAUACCCGGCGCCACAUGACCGCUGAAGUUGUGGCGUCAUGAAGACAUACCCCAAUCAGUCAAUGAAUCGAUCUCAGAUACCCACUCCUUAGGGUGAUCCUCUUUCAAAGUAAUUGCAUUGACAACAAAAACUCUGUCUAGGCACAGUCAUUGUACCCUGCAUAUGAUUCAUCUCGCUAUUACAUACUCUGACUUGUGAACACAUUCCCUCUUCUUCACUCUGCUAUUUUCCAUGUUUUUCUUUCAUAUUCUUGUUCUGACCUUUGAUUUCACUUUGCACAAGUUUUUCAUCAGGUUGUCAUCCUUUUCUUCGACUUGACACUCCUUUACUUAAUUUCAAGCUUCUGAACAUGAGGUUUAUAGUACAUUGCAUAGACUAGAGUUCCUAUCACCUUAAGUUUCUGGAAUGGAGUAGAUAUAUUGUUGAAAGGUUAAAUUAAGAGAUUAAGUGAAAAAUUGUAGUUUGCACAUUCGUUAGUUUGCUCCAGCGCCGAGGUUCAGUUCAUUAGCGAAGAGUAGCCUGCAAGGUAGUGUGUGUGUGUGUAAGCGUUUGUGACCUCCAGCGUUUCAGGAGUGACCUUCAAACUAAAUAAUAAGGCUUGGUAGUGCUACUGAGGACACAAUCAAUUCACAUAAUGGUACAUUCAUCAGUUGCAUUAAUGGAUUCCUCUUUUAGAUGCUUAUUUGUAUUCCUUGUCGAUGAAGCAUAUAAAGGAAUAAAAAAAGCUGAAAUCGGA